UUUUUUUUUUUUUUUUUGGCUGGCCUGAUACCCUCAAAGCUGGCCGAGGAGGAGGAGGGAGGAGGCGGUAACAGCCACAACUCGGAAUUUGCAAGCGAGUGUCGGGAUGGGGUCUGUUUCCAACCAGCAGUUUGCAGGUGCGAAGCCGGGCGAGGAGCCGGCCGGAGACUCGCCCAAGGCCGAGAACGAGUCCCAGCCCCUGCACGGCUCCGGCAUCUGUAAGUGGUUCAACGUCCGCAUGGGCUUCGGCUUCCUCUCCAUGACCGCCAAGGGCGGCGCCACCCUGGACUCCCCCGUGGAUGUCUUCGUGCACCAGAGCAAGCUCCACAUGGAGGGUUUCCGCAGCCUGAAGGAGGGCGAAGCCGUCGAGUUCACCUUCAAGAAAUCAUCCAAAGGUUUGGAGUCCAUCCGGGUGACCGGCCCCGGGGGCGUCUUCUGCAUCGGCAGCGAGAGGAGGCCCAAAGGGAAGAGCCUCCAGAAGCGCAGGUCAAAAGGAGACCGGUGCUACAACUGCGGCGGGCUGGACCACCACGCCAAGGAGUGCAAGCUGCCACCGCAGCCCAAGAAGUGCCACUUCUGCCAGAGCAUCAGCCACAUGGUCGCCAACUGCCCCGCCAAAGCACAGCAGUCGCCCAGCUCGCAGGGAAAGCCCGCCUACUUCCGAGAGGAGGAGGACAUGCACAGCCCGGCCCUCCUCCCCGAGAGCCGGGAAUGAUGCUGGGUGGCGGGGAGAGGGGGCUUCCACCGGGGUGAGAAGGCUUUGGCAAGGCAAGGGGCAGGGGAGGGGCUGGGGAGGGCAG